CAAGCGCCAUUUUAGGUGGAGCUCAGUUGCAGUUGUUGUUACUUGGCGUCAAGAUGUCAACUAAAAGAGCCAGUGCUAGGAGCAAGAGACAUCACUUGAUGCCUACAGCACAGAGCACUGGAGAAAUAGAGAGGACUAGACAAGAAGCAGUGGCAAUGAAGUCAAAAAUCAGAUCAUUAGAGCUUGAAGUGGAGACCUUAAAGCAAAGGCUUGAAAGUCUUAGAAAAGCAAAGAGCACGACUAUUAUAAAGAGGGAGAGAGAAGAAGUGCUCAUACAACCACCAAAUCUUGGCAGACGUUUCUCUGCUUUAGACACCUCUUCAAAUUCCUUGACAGCCUCAAAGCAAAGCUUAGCAUCAAAUAGCCACUCAGAAAUGGAAGGAAAAUCUUUAAUGCUGCAAGAAGAGUUGCAGCAGAAGGAAGCUAAGUUGAAAGAAAGCAGAGAUGAAAUAAAUAGAUUAUCCAGUCAUAAAGUAAAGUAUGAAGAGAAGAUAGAUCAACUGCAAAUAGAGCAUCAAGGAAUCGUAAAAGAACUUAAGAACAAACUGCAAGAAUGUCAACUUGAGCUAAAGAAAGAAAGUGAGAAGCAGCCAGCAAAGAAGGAAAUUAAUGUGCAUGUCAAGUGUGUAUCUUUGGAGGAGAAGGAGGACUUGUUGAAAGAAAUGGAAAAGUUACGCAUUGAUAACAAAGAACUUGCCAAACAAUUAUCAGAUAUCAUAGAUGUUAAUGUUCAGCUAAGAGAGAGCAACCAACUACUGCAAGAGAAAUGCGAAGUAUUACUGGAGGAGCUUAGUGUGAAGGAGGCAAAGUGGACAGAGAGAGAGGAGAAGCUUCAAGCAGAAAUUCGAAGACAAUGGGGUGAAAGAUAUCACGAGUGGAUAACAAAAGCUGAGAAGAAGAUGGAGGAAUUGCAGAAAGUGAAUCAACUAUUACAAACAUUGCUUAGAAAAGAAGCUCCAACGUAACAAAUAACAAGUUAAUAAAAACACAACAAUAUUAAUAAUAAUUUUAGGAAUCAAUAUAACAAUAAUGUAUCCUAAUGAUAAUACUUCUAACAAUAAAGAUACCAGCCAGUGGUGUGUAAAAUAAAUC